CCCACUUCUUCUCCCCUCCACCUCCCUCCGCUUUCCUCCGUGAUGACAUCGCUGGGGAAGAGAAAGCGGUGCCGAACGCCUCACGAUCGCUGGCUUGUUUCCUUAUCGGCACCAUGACAUCAUCUGUACCCUGGAAAUUCCGCCCUCUUUUCUGUGCCCUCACCUCUGUCUCAGGGCUCAGAGUUCCUAUAAAGAGGGGUUCCCAACUCAGUAUCAGCACAGAGCACAGUUGGGUUCUGAAGCUUCUGGGUUCUGCAGUCUCAGCCCCGGGCAAGUCUCUCCUCCGCCAAGACCAUGAAGCUCUGCGUGACUGUCCUCUCCCUCCUCGUGCUGCUGGCUGCCUUCUGCUCUCCCGCACUCUCAGCACCAAUGGGCUCAGACCCUCCCACUUCCUGCUGCUUCUCUUACGCCCAGCGGAAGCUUCCUCGCAACUUCGUGAUGGAUUACUAUGAGACCAGCAGCCUCUGCUCCCAGCCAGCCGUGGUAUUCCAAACCAAAAAGGGCAGGCAGGUGUGUGCCAACCCCAGCGAGUCCUGGGUCCAGGAGUACGUGGAUGACCUGGAACUGAACUGAGCUGCUCUGAGCCCGGGGCAGGUGUUCUCCAGGGAAGGUCACCUGAGCCUGACGCUUCUCAGCAAGACGCCCCCUUUCCACGCUCACGACUCCUCUCCAUAGUCCCUGUUCCUUCUCUUAAUUUAAUCUUUAUAAUGUGCUGUGUUAUUGCAUUUGGUGUUGUUUCCCAUUAUUUAUGUUAGUUUUGUCAAAGGACAUGUGUCCCCCAUGGGGAUGGUCCACCAUCACUGUGUCUCUGCUGUUGCGGAUACAUGGAUAAUGCAACUCAUUCCAAGUGUUUUCAUAAUAAAACUUAAAAAAAAUGGA